AGUACAUUCAAUAUCCUACACAAAGGUAAAUAUUUUCUUAUACUUGCACGAAUUUACAAUGAAAAAAUUAUUAAUGAAGGAACUGUUUAUAUCGUUUUUCUUCAUUUAAUACUUCAGGUAAUAUAAGCAACACAUUGGAAAUGCUGGGAUUGUCGAAUUUAAUUGAACCACCAACUUCUGAAUUUUCACACGAGGGACACGAUUUGGACAAGGACGUAAUUUCCGAUGGCGACAAUGAGAGUGAGGAUGAUGAAUGGCUAGUCAAAUCUCUUGAGAGGGCUGAUAAAAGUGACCCUAAUUAUUCAAUUAGUCAAGAGAUGGAUGAAGGAGAAGACGAAGAACAAGAACAAGAACGUAUUGAACAUCGAAACAUGGAGCCAUGCAAGCAAAAAACUUACUUGGUGUACGAAACAUGUAUCAAAGGGCUGAUUAAGUAUUGCAUAAAGUGUGGUUCCAUCAUAGACAGUGAAAGCAUCAGCAAAGUUAAGAAUACUGGCAGUCAGCUAACGUACAAGAUACAGUGUGUAAAAGGUUAAGUAAAACAUUUAUUGUUCGAUUCUGAAAAAUAGCCUGUAGCU